ACACCCAGCAUUUGGUAGAGGAAAGGUCUUUUGAGCUUUGCAAAAGGAGGAAUUAUUUGCAUACCGACGCUUUAGCUGUGGUAAAACACUUUCCAUGCUGAAAAUGGACCAUGCAAACAUGACCCAAGCCAUGCUUGAUGCUGAAUCCCGCAACACGGAGAAGAACAACAGCAACGAGUAUUUUUACAUUCUGAUCGUCAUGUCUUUCUACGGGAUCUUCCUGAUAGGGAUAAUGCUGGGCUACAUGAAAUCCAAAAGAAAAGAGAAGAAGUCCAAUUUGCUUCUGCUCUACAAAGAUGAGGAGAGAGAAUGGGGGGAAGCCGUGAAGCCUCUACCAACCAUAUCGGGGCUGAAAUCUGUCCAGAUCCCCAUGAUGCUGAACAUGCUGCAGGAGAGCAUGGUGCCCUCCCUGUCCUGCGCCAUCUGCUCGAUGGAAGGCAGCAGUGUGAGCUCCGAAUCCUCCUCCCCAGACGUGCACUUCACCAUCCAGGAGGAAGUGCUGGAUGCUGAACUGGGGGAAGUGUCAGAAACGCUCCUCAACGAGAGCAGCGAGGGAUCUGUGGAAAACAUCCACAAGAACUCCUAGCACUUGCAGGGCUCCCUUGAGCAGCUGCCAAAGCGUGAGUGGAGCUCCCACUAAGAACUUGUGGUUCUACUUCCCUGCUCUCCGAUGAACUCUCAACAGGUAUCUGUGCCCUCGGGCCCGAGGUGUUCCUGAGAGCUGGCAGGACAAGGAAGCGGUGGUACCCAACACCGAAGUGUAACUUGCACAUAAUUGGGAUGCUUAAUUUUAAUUUUUCCAUUAUUAUUUCUUACUAUAAGAGCUAAGAACAAGGAGAAUAUAUAUAUAUAUUUUCUAAUGAGGUAACUAUUACUGGCAUGUCUCUGCAUAUUUCAGAAUUCUGCAAAUAUCUGGGAAAUGUUUAGGGAAGUUACCCUCACGCAAGUGCCUGGUUGUUAAAGACGAUGGGUAAUGCUCAUUCACGCAAAACUGUGAUAGACUAGAAGUACUUUAACUGUGUUUUCCUUAUAGCAAACCACAGUCAGCAGCAGAUUUGCUCAAUAAGGCCUCAAAAGCUGAAAAUUUGUCAGUGCUGUAGUUGAAGGGAGGUUGCAGCAUGGCUGGAGACUGACUUUAGGCACAGAAUGGAUGAAAGAAAAAGAAAAGG